AAAUUUAUUUGUUUAUCUUUAGCCAGACAACAAUUUGAAAGUUUGUUUUUCCUGCUUGAUGACCCCUGAUGAGAAAUGUCAAAAUAGUAUCAACAUUUCGGUGACGAAAGCAACUCACUGUUUAGCAUAUUUCCCAUCCCGUGCCUAGAUGGCAAAACAAUUGACCUGAAAUGUAUUCCGAAUGGGCCUCACUGUAUCCAAUCAUAGCGGAAAAUAUUACCAACGCCCAGUCGCAAAGUGUGCUUGGAAAGUUUAGUAUCGUCGGUGGCCGUGAUGUUGCGGCUGUGGUUAUCAAGCAAUUGGCAAGCACACUCGGUAUCACCAACAAUGCAGAACCGAGCAAUCUUCACACGGACCAAGAGGUCCAAUGGUGCAUGGAUGUAAUAUGCCACGGAUUAUCGCUACCGCUGUCCGAGCACGACAUCAUCAAGGACGGUGUGAACAUUUACUGCGAAUGGAUCAGUGCCGUGCUGCCACAGACGAAGAUCAGUGUACCACGGCCAAUUAUCGAUGAUCCGAAUACAUACGUUCGGAAAAUAAUCAAACAUUUGUACAAUCUCUUUGUGCCUCGCCCUGGAGAAGUCUGGCCUUUCAUUUACAAAGAGGAACUAGGUUCGGAUACGAUCAAUCGACAGGCCGUGCUUUGUCAUCGUGUGCUGCGUACCCUGCAGGACACCGCACAAAACUCGCAAAUACUCACGGUGGAAACAUGGGAAGCGCUGCUCCUCUUUCUGUUAGCCAUCAAUGAUAUCCUGCUGGCACCGCCGAUCGUUAAGGACGAUGUAGGGGAUCAGCUGUGCGAACGUGUGCUAAGCGUUUUGUUCGAAGUGUGGCUGUUGGCCUGCAGCAGAUGCUUCCCAUCGCCGUCGCUAUGGAAAACGUUCCAGGAAUCGUGUGCCGCCUGGCGUCACCGAAUUGCCCUUGUCGAACAAUGGAACCGUGUAAACCUGGGACUUACGGCUAAGCUACUUGAAUUUACCUACGGUCCAGCGUUUCCAGAAAUGAAGAUCGCUGACGAAGACGCCAAUCUUGUGCCGGAUGGUAUGACCAACGACGGAAUUGCGCAAGCUUGGAUACGCUUUCUGAAGAUCCUCGGAGCACCAACGGAUCUUUGCUGUCCGCAGGUGAUCAGCCGUACCCCACAGUUUGUCCAAGCGGUGCUACUUAACGCGGAUGGGAUUGAACCACAGCACCAUCCCUGUUUGCUGAACCUUCCACAAAUCUUUCUCAAGACGCUGAAAGGAAUUGCCGGCUUAGUAGACGCUUUUCUCGGCAUAGCCCAGUUUAGAAUGGACGAGCAUAAUCUUCUAGAAAACUUCAAUCAGCUGUCAUUCACAAGCGCUGGUGGUGGAAUGCAUACGAGUAGUGGAUCGAUCAUUAGCUUUAGACACUCGGGAGGCGAGAUCAAAUCGAGCGCCCUGCGAGCAAGCGGAGGACUCGGGGGUCUUGGUCUCGGUGCCGCAUUAGGUGUGGUCGGGUCAGGCAGUAGUUCGACUGCGGGAGCAAUGGGUACUGUCUCUAGCGUCGUUACUGGUUCUGGUGGUGGUGGUGGUGUUGGUGGUGGAACCGGUUGCAUAAAUAGUGUUAAUGUUAUAAGCUGCAGUUCGAAUGCCGCUAGCACGGGAGUACAGAACAGUGGCAACGGGGGGAGCGGUGUCGGUGCGGGGUUUGGUUUUUCAUGCGAUGUAUCUGCAGCGAGUCAGGCUGACGGCGGUUUGGGAUUUUGCAAUGGCAAAUCAUCGUUACUCAUCGCUGACGCUAACGGAUCGGCUAACUCUCCAACACCGCCGCUACAACGCCGUCUGGCGAAGAGCUUCAGUGUUUCGCCGUCGCUACCGUCCGCACAUGCUGUCAUCUCGAUGGCGCAAGCCAAGGGAUUUACCAAAGGUUCCUUUAGUGGACUAACCAGCAGUCGAAGCUCGUCUAACCAUCCAACUAAUGCGCCACAAUCGGCAUCCCUUCCGUCGACUGGAUUUUCAUCAAUGCUAUCAUUAUGUCAAGAAAAUCGUUACCCAUUAGCUGCAAAUCGUCCCAGAUGCAAUAGUAUUUUGCAUCUCUUCGGUGAGUGGCUCUUCGAUGCGGCACACAUUGGAGGUGAUACGUGGAUGCAAAAUACGAAAAAACGCGCAGCCGAAGCCAAACGGCGUCCUUCCUCCAUGAUCAUGGACAACCGGAAGGGUAGUUUGUCACAACCGCCUUCCUUGUCCGAGGUGAACGAUGUUGCUCCAGGUCUCACCAUUGACAAGUACGAGUCGGGAAAGGCAGAAGCACUUGGUGCUUUGUGUCGCAUAUUUUGUGCGAAGAAAACGGGCGAAGAAAUUCUUCCAGUGUAUUUGGCUCGGUUUUAUAUGGCACUUCACCAAGGACUUAAGACGAACGAUAGCCGAGAGUGUAUGGAAACGCUUGCCAGCAUACUGUACAACUCGUCAGACUUGUUCCGCAUUGAUCUGGAAGGAAUUCAGGUUCUGCUGCCUGCAUUCAUUGGCGCCUUGGAGCUUAUACUGCCGGAGAAGGAUCUAAAGAUGCGUUCACAGAAUGUGGUCAUAAACAAAACUGAACUGCGGCGUGCUGCUAUCAACAUUCUGCUUUCCAUGCUGGCCCUUCCGCUUCACUUCCAGACACUUCCCAUACGCGACAUUAUGGGUGGACCGAAUGACAGGAGUAUAACUUUCAUUCACCUAAAACCACGCCUUAUCAACAUUCUCAUGAACGCUUUGCAAGUGGAAACGGAUCCACAAAACACACACAUGCUGCUGGGUGGGUUGCAUCUGUGCGUUCAGGAUGCAGUAACAUUUGAAGAGACGGAAAAGGGUUCCGCUGAAGUAUUGCACUCGUUGCACCCAACUGCUGAAACGUCCAAUUUACUUAGCUCGGCCUGCUCCGAGAAGAGUGCCUACUCCAUGAACAGCGCCAAUUCCAGCAUCGGUGGACACAGUACCGCAACACUUAGCAAUGAACCUUCUAGUUUGCCGGCUUUUGAUGAUUUCUCAUCCGACAUUAUUCAUGAGUUAGAAUUGAGUUCAUCUGCAAUUUAUGAUAGCGCCCAUGCAUUGUUUGUGCGAGCAACCUAUCUUGUGUGUCACCGUUUGAUUUCGUCGUGGAAAACCGACCUCAACGUAUCUCUGGCAGCACUGGAAUUGUUGACCGGUUUGGCAGGAAUGCACGUCAAAGAUUCAGAUGUGUUGGAGUGUAAACGGGCUGUUAAGUGGAUUUGUGACUACAUUUGCUACCAAUGUUCUAGACCACCGCCAGCACACAUUAAGGAUCUGCAUAGCACGAUCGUGGCCGCGUUUCAGUGUACCUCCGCCUGGUUGAUGAACCAUCCGUAUCUACUGCAGGAUAAAGAAUGUCUAACAAUCGUACUGGAAGUCGUUGAGCUGGGUAUAUCGGGAUCGAAAAGUGUUGGCAAACCGAGCGAACCGGUCAAGUAUAAGGACGAGAAAGAGCUGAAACCGGCCAGUAUGCGAGUGCGAGAUGCGGCCGAAAAUAUGCUGACCAUGAUUCUGGAACAGAUUGAUUACUUUCCGAACGAAUGUGGCAAGCAAUCGCUGUCGUCCCUUUUGGAUGAAGUAGUGCUGGCCAAGCACUCCAACACUUCCGGCGAGCAUGUGGGCGAAUUGCCCCAAGAGCAAGCGAUCAAAAAGUUUAAGUAUUUUGUGACGGAAAACUCAACCGUGCUUGCGCUGUUCGAAGAACCGCUCGGCAACGAUCAGGAUCCUCAACCAACGGUUACAAUUCUUAUCCGUGGUCCGUUUGGUCGUCAUGCUUGGACAAUGCAACUGCGGCAUCUGUCGAGAAGCAAAUCGGGUACGAAAUAUCAUGCACCGAAUCCUGGCCGACCUGUACCGAUGAACGAUAUUAUGAUGCGCCAGGAAAUGGAGUACAAGUAUUUCCCCGAUUCGGUAGAUCGUAUUCCACCGUGCGUAGUGGACUAUUCGAUACCGACGCUGGAUUCAGCGGAACAAAAGAUCGGCAACCAGUCCACCAAACAGUUGGCCCGAUUAGUUGAGCAGCAGGUCGGGUAUGAAAAGCUCUCGUGGGCCGAAACGGAGUGUUCCGUCGAUGGACUGGGACAUGCCCAAGAAGCAUCACCACCCGCUGUCUGUCACGAAUUCCAAGCUGCCCGGUUGUUUUUGUCUCACUUUGGGUUUCUUACGAUCGGUCAAAAUAAUGGUAGUGGACAAAAACUGGACGGUAGUGCACCGUUACUAACGACGCUUGAUUCUUCCAAACAGGAGUUUUGUCAAGAUUUGAAAAUGUUGGAUAAAAUGUCACCCCGAUCAUGUGACACAAUACACGUGUUCUACGUGAAGGCUGGCCAAAGCACGGAAGCAGAAAUUAUCGGUAACAUGGAGCCAGACAAUUUACCGUCCAUUGAUGCUCAUUUCUGGAGAAUGCUCUACACGAUCGGUUGGCCAGUGAACGUUCAAGAGCACGCAGGCUGGACAGGUUUCGUUGCCAAUAGUUGGAAGAUUCCGCGUGAGAAUAAAUCAUGCCCACAGACAAACGAUGAACAAAGAGGUCGAUCACCCGAAGAGUGGCAACUUAAUGGCGAGAAAACCGUACUUUACUGGGCGGACGUUUCCUCGGAGAUGGCAAUUGUGGUGCCGAACCGUAACAACAAAGUGGACAACACUGUUGAGGAUACAACGGACGGAAACGGUUGCCCGUCGACAACUUACGAGCGUAGCGUGAGCGAAAUUCAACCCCGUUCGUCCUCUGUUUCAACCAACCAACCACGGCAAUACUCACUGGACAGUGAAUCAGCUCGGCUCGGAUCGAUUAGCAAAUCGGCCGAUCCAAUUCCACCGAUGCGCCGCAGAACAGGGGCAUCCAAACCCAGCACCCUGUACACUGCACCAACGGCCAAGAUUUUGCUCGUUUGGCUGGAAAGCUUUGAGGAUCAUCUGACGUUCCCGGUGGAUAACCUUUUGCACUACACCCGGGCUGGAUAUUCAGCCCAGCACGGUUCCGUUGCAGCUAUCACUUCGGGCGAAUGUUUCAUCAUCUAUCUGCACGCACUGUCGUCUAGCUUGCUGCGCGUAAAACUCCAAGGACCGGUAGGGCGUAUGAAUUUCGCCAUUCCUCUAAUAGACGGCAUGGUCGUCAGCAAACGGGUGAUUGGAUCACUCAUUCGUCAAACUGCUUGCAAUAUGGCAAAGCGCAAGCGUUUGGACAAUGAUUCCUACCAACCACCGCACGUUCGGCGCCGCAUCAAGAUUCAGGAAAUUAUGCAAAAGUAUAAGAAAGAUCUGACCGAGGCAGAGAUGCUGGCCGAUUUGUUUAAGCCGUCAAUAUAAUGCACGUAAUGCAACUUUAAAAAGUAUUACACUAAUUUAUAACUAAACCACAACCUUCGUUUUAUUCCGUCUCAUCAUUUGAGGCUUAACGUUAUGCAAUUCCAAACUAAUGAUACAAUAAAGUAUAAGGUUCGCACAACAUGCGCAAUCAUAA